UUGGUGAAUGUCUCCCCAGUCUUGCGGCAGCGAAAGGGCCCAGGGAAAACUGCGGAUCCUGGCCCCCCCGUGGAGGCAGCCCCCGAACCCGAUUCCCAGAAGGGGGCCUCGUCCCGGGACCCACUGACCUGGUUCGGGAUCCUGGUGCCCCAGAGCCUCCGGCAGGCUCAGAGCAGCUUCAAAGAGGGGAUUCUCCUGGCCGGGGAGAUCGCCAGCCUACAGAGCGACAUCGAGGCCACGCGGGCGCAGUAUCGGGCGCUGCUGGAGAGAAAGCGCCAGCUGCUGGCCAGAGAGGGGUAGCGCAGCCAAGACCCCCCCUCGGCUUUCACCCCCGGCCCCCCAAGCUGGGUGUAUUGUAGCCACCGCCCAGGUCAAUAAACUGGGAUCGCUG